UGGAUGGAUUCAUAGUUUUUGAAGCCCCUGAAUGUAACUCACCAACGGAGAUCCUAAAGAUGCCUGCCAGACCCAAUUCCACAAGAAGUAUCUCAGAAACCAUCAAUACAGGGAAAAAAAUUAAAUCCAGCAAGAAUGAGAAGACACAAUCAGAAAAGGUUUAUCAUUAUGUUCCCAAUCUCCCUGAGCCAACCAGCAGAGCAGAACUCACACAGUAUUGGAUGAAUUUGUCUUUGGAUGACAAGACCGCCAAUAAAAUGUUGUGGAUCUCAGACAAUAGCUCUACGGUGUCUCGUAGGACUAAGGAGGUUUGUCCAGUCCUGGACAGACCAGAGAGAUAUGAGUACUCACCACAGGUGCUGUGCAGAGAGGGAAUUUGGAACAUGCGGGCAUACUGGGAAGUGGAGUUUUCAGGGUGGGUGGUAAUUGGAGCCACGUAUGAAGGAGCAGGACGGAGGGCAAAUUCUGGACCAAGUGGUCUCGGUGAAAAUGAUGAGUCCUGGGGUCUGUGUUGGUCAGGAUCAAUGUACCAGAUCUGGUUCAAUGGCGUAAACAAAGACAUCUCCGAUGUGACAUUUUCCCCCACAAUCGGAGUUUAUAUCGAUCAGCCUGCAGGGAUUAUAAACUUUUAUACUGUAACUGGUGUGGGAGCAGAGAAGGAAGUUAAGCUGUUGCACAGAGUUCAGACAACUAUUGAGAAAAAGUUGCUUCCAGGUUUUUGGGUGGGGAUGCAAUCCUCCUGUAAACUACUGCAGAAAACAGACUGACCUGCUGAAAUUAAUGAUAAUAGCAUGCAUUAAAACAAUACCACUCUGACUUUAAUAAUGUGAUACUGUUAUCCACAUUUUCUAAAACAACUUCUAAUCAAAUAUACAUUCUUUUUUUAUUUUCUCAUCAAGAUUUUUUUUAUUGAUUUUGAAAAAUAUUAUU